AUGGGGUUGUGUAAGAUGUCAUUUGCCUUGGUUUGUCUCCUAGGUUUAGCCCUCCUCCAACCCACUCUUGCCCAAGACUCACCACAAGACUACCUCAAUGCCCACAAUGCCGCUCGAGCGGCAGUAGGUGUUCAAGCCUUAACGUGGGAUCCAAACCUAGCAGCUUAUGCACAAAGAUAUGCCAAUUCCCGUCAAGGUGAUUGCAAUCUUGUGCACUCUGGCGGGCCUUAUGGCGAAAACAUAGCGAAGAGUAGCGGUGACAUGUCCGGCACAGCUGCGGUGAACUUGUUUGUGGCAGAGAAGGCCAACUAUGACUACAACUCAAACACCUGUGCUCCUAACAAGGUGUGUGGCCAUUAUACUCAGGUUGUUUGGCGCAACUCAGCUCGUGUAGGAUGUGCCAAAGUUAGGUGCAACAAUGGAGGUACCUUCAUUGGGUGCAAUUAUGAUCCCCGAGGCAACUAUAUUGGCCAGAAGCCUUACUGA